AUGUCGGCAGGGUCCUCUCGGACUCGGCAAGCGGCAUCCGCCGCUGGUGGAGUGCGCCGCAUGCGUUGGACAAGGAAUAUGAACGCAAACGCAUUGCGGACGUACUAUAAGGCGAAAGGGGAAGAAACUGCAGGGAUAGCGUGUCGGUCUCGUACGCAUUGCUUUUUUGCUGAGCUGGAGCCAUCUAUUCUCGUCACGGAAGAAAACCUGGCAGACCGAGUUCGAUACAUCAUGCGCUCGAAAAUAUUUGAUGAUGCCGAGCUCGAACGACUACGACGUGAGGCCUUUCCCUCAUCGAAUGAAUUAGCUACGGCUGGGGAUGCGGCUUCUCAGGCGACAGACCAUCCACGCGUGAAAGCCGCCAUGCAUCUUGCAGUUGUGGUUGAUUCGGACGAUGAUGAAAUGGUCUCCCACGAACUGUAG